AAUAGAGAAUAAUGGGGAAAAUAAAGAAAAGAGAAACAAUUGCUAACAAAUUAAAGAAUACAGAACUGAAGACCAACCCAGCCAGACCCUCAUGGACUUUAAACUUCUUUGUGCAAACGAUAUUUAAACAACGUCAGUCACCCGUGAAUUUUACUAAUAAUUUGAAACAUAACAGUAAUGGAGAAUUAUUUAGUUGUUUUGCUUCUGUCUGUAUUUAUUUUGCUUGGUGCAUUUUAUGUAAACACUGCAGUACAAAGAACAAUCCAAAUAAAAGACGAGUUUCUUAAACACAGAAAUGAAAUAAAGAAAGUGAGAGAAGAAUUAGAAUCGACCAGAACAGCACUUAAGGAAGUGAAAGUAGAAUUGGAAUCGACGAGAAAGGAACUUAAACAAGUACAUGUAGAAUUGGAAUCGAUGAGAAAGGAACUUAAACAAGUGUAUGUAGAAUUGGAAUUGACGAGAAAGGAACUUAAACAACUGAAAGUAGAAUUGGAAUCGACUAGAAAUGCACUUAAGCAAGUGAAAGUAGAAUUAGAAUCGACGAGAGAGCAAAUUAAUUUACUUCGUAAAGAAAUGAUAGAAAAAGACAAAGCCCGCAGGGAAGAAAUAGACCAAAUUAGAGCAGACGAAAAUGCCUUACGUGAAGAAUUAAACGAGAUUAAAAAAGGUAUGAAUCAUCAUGACGAGGAAUUUUCGGCCUUUGCAGCUUCUUUAACUGCUUCUAAAACUUUAGGAGUUGGUGAACUUGUAAAGUUUGACAAAGUUUGGACGAACGUACAAAAACAUUAUGAUCCAAUUACCGGCGUAUACACAGCCCCAAAACCUGGAGUGUACCAGUUUUCAUGCACCGUAAUGACAUCAAGCAAUGGGGUCCUUCGUGUCUUCUUAUGGAAAAAUAACGCAAAGACAGUAGCUGUUUAUCCUGGCCAAAUUGGUUAUAAUACGGGAACUUUAAAUAUGGUAUUAGAACUUAACAAAGGCGACAAAAUAUACAUCAAGCAAGGGGGAUCCGAGGAGAAAAGCAUUUACAGUGAAUCUCAUAGUAACUUCAGUCUGUUUUCUGGUUUUCUCAUUCGAUCAACUACAAAUAAAUAAAAUAUAUAUUAAUAUUAAUAUUAAUAAAGCAUAAUCAGGAGGCACUGCAUCUGAUCUUCACUGUUAACGAUUCGCCAUUUCAUUAUCAAUUUCAUGUAUUCUUAGAAAUAUUUCAACGUCGUAAACUAAGUCAUCGUGAUUUUAAUCAAAGUCGUAACAAAGGGUAUCCUAAAGAGUAAUAUAGGUUUAAAUACAUUCUAAUGUAUAUUUCUCUCACAGUGAAAUGUUGCUUCAAAAAUGUUAUACAACCUCCUUGGUUUACUUAUCUUUAUAAACAUUGAUAUAGACUUUGUUCUUUUUGUAAGUUUUGUCAUACUUUAAAGUGGUUAUUGCACAAUUAUUGCUGAAUUUAUUCAUUAAGGAAUAUUUCACUUUGGACAAUUUUUCUGCAAUAAUGCUGUAAAAUGUACGAUGGUUACCAUUCACCCAUGUUUGAUAAAUCUAACAAUGCUAUGCAAUUAACGGUACAAAAUCUACAGCACCAGAUGCGCAUAUAUUUCGACAAUUUAUGUUAACCAAAACUAUGCAGAUUGAAGAUAUAGGAAAGAGAAAGACGCUUUUAGAUUUUGGAUUAAAUAUCAAAGUUCAAAGUUACUUGAAAAAGAAUUUUUUGAAGAAAAAAAAAUAGUUUCCGCAUUCGAGUUUUCUUUGUUUGUUUAAAAUAUAUAGAUGGGAGAUCUAGAUAUGGGGAACGGAAAGAACUUUAUCGAUUUACAGGUCAAUAGGUCAAAUUCACGGCUGCCAAAAAAUAGACUGAAAUUUUAGAAAUAUCAGGUACAAUUUGUUGUUCUGGUCAUUUCUUUAUAAUACCAAGGAGGUUGUAUUCUCAUAUAACCUCCUUGAUAAUACUUAUUACUGGCCACGUAAUUGAUGUCUCGAGAACCCAACCUUUGCUCAUUUAUCCUGCUUUUCUUUCAUUCAAUCUUAGAGAUGUGAGUGAUCAUGAAUUGAUUACCUUUGUACACUUUUAAUGUCGAAAAUAUACAUGCGCUUCCAAGUAGAUUAUAUUUAGCACAGAUAAAUAGUGCAAAUGAUAACAAUCUCUUAACAGGACCAAAAGUUAGUUGUUCACAGAAUUACAAUAGAACGAAACAUUUUUUAUUUUGAAAUGUGUACGAACAGGUAUGGUACCGAGUACUGCAUUGUAAAAGGAGUGUAUGGGUUGAAAAAAUAAUAAAUACAUCAGAUGAA